UACUUUCCCACAUUCCCACUCACUAUUUAGUAUUUAGUGGUUUAUCUUUUACUCUUUGCUAACUGCCCCUACUCUCUCUUACCCACUUUAUCGGUGUAUUAUGCUCCGAUCAUUACCUCGACCUCUAAUCUUUUCCCGUCCACUAAUGUCGCACUCCCCCGUCGCUUCAGCUGGCACUUUCACCGGCACUAAAGCUAGGUUACGAGGCGUCGUAUUCGACAUGGAUGGGACUCUCACUGUCCCAGUCAUUGAUUUUCCGGCAAUGUACAAAGCUGUUUUAGGAGAAGAUCGCUAUUUAUCCAUUAAAUCCCAAAAUCCUUCUGGAAUUGAUAUUUUGCAUCACAUUGAAACGUGGACUCCUGUUCAACAGCAGAAAGCUUAUGAAAUUAUCGCCGAUUUCGAGCGCGAAGGGCUUGACCGCCUUCAAAUCAUGCCCGGUGCAGCACAACUCUGUGGUUUCCUUGACUCAAAGAAAAUAAGGAGAGGACUUAUCACAAGGAAUGUGAAGGCUUCAGUUGAUAUUUUUCAUCUAAGGUUCGGGAUGACAUUCUCUCCCGCCCUCAGCAGGGAAUUUCGCCCCUGCAAACCUGAUCCAGCUCCGCUGUUACAUAUAUGUUCCGCUUGGGAAGUUCAGCCAAAUGAAGUGAUUAUGAUUGGCGAUAGCCUCAAAGAUGAUGUUGCUUGCGGGAAACGAGCAGGUGCAUACACAUGCUUGCUUGAUGAUACUGGGAGGUACGACUCCCCUGAGUUUGAUUCAGUUGAUCACAAACCAGAUUUUAAGGUCUCUUCUCUGGCAGAAGUUCAUUCAUUGCUAGAAACCCAUUUUGACUUGAGACCAUGAUGGCUAAGAGCCCUAUAUGUACUAAAAUGACAGCUAAAAGGUCAUAAUUGAGCAUUGUGCAUCUUGUGAUAAAAAGAACUCAUUGAGCUGUAUGAGAAUGUUCUCCUUUUCGUUGGCCUGGAAAAAGAAAAAAAAACAGGAAGGGAGAAAGAGAAGUGGUUUGUGAUUGAAGUUGAGUCGCCACUUUCAGAUUUUGGUGAUUAUAGAUAGAGUUCAUGUUACAGACUUUCUCAUUCAGUCCUAUAAAGAUUGUAUAAUCAUGUGUAAUUGCAUGUUUGGGAGAAGAUUAAAAGAACCUCCCAUGAUUGUAUUCUGUAUGUCCUUGGACUUGCAAUUACAGGACAAUUCUCCCCAAUAAUUUAGUUUGGCAGCUAAGCUAUGUACCAUAUUGAAUUAUUGAUGACAUUCAGAAAGACAGGUGCUCAACCCAGAUAAAGUAAAAUUUGCCCUGGUUUUUUCAGGUUCCGAAA